CAAAGUUGAAAAUGACUGAAAUUGUUAUCAUAGGUGCUGGUAUUAUUGGCCUUAGUACUGCUUAUUCCCUUACUGAGAACGGAAUUGAUGCUGGGAAAAUCACCAUUUUGGCUGAACAUUUACCGGGAGAUAUGUCAGUCAAUUAUACGUCCCCGUACGCCGGUGCUUACUUUUCACUAGCUAAUGAGGAUGAGAAUUUGAAAUACAGUGAAUUUACCUAUAAAAACAUGGGUAAAUUAAGAGAAAAACUCGGUGGUAAAGGUUCUGGUAUUGGCACUUGUAAAUCAACCGAGAAUAUUCAGCAAAACUUUGAUUCGGAUUACUUGGAGAAAAGAAAGUUUGCUGAUGAUUUGGAGAUUGAAAAAUCACAAAUUCCUGGCUGUGAUCUCGCUGUUCUGUAUAAAGCUUUCAUAUUCAAUUCGCCAUUACUCAUUGCUAACCUUUUACGUUAUUUGACUAAGUUGGGGGUUAACGUGAAACGGGAAAAAUUAAACGAUGUAAAAGAAGCUUUUAAAGCAGGAACGGAAACUGUGUUUAAUUGUAGUGGGUUGGGAGCUUUGAAAUUGGGUGGUGUGGAGGACACUUCAAUGAUCCCAACUAGAGGUCAAGUUGUUGUUAUUAGAGCUCCAUACAUUAAUGAAUGUUACCUGGCUUGGAACGACACCUCGACCUACAUUAUCAAAAGACCCGACUCAAACCUAGACGAAGUUAUCCUCGGAGGUUUUUAUCAAAAAGACGUUCACGAUUCGAACACUUAUGGUUAUGAGAUCGAUGAUAUCUUGCAACGAACCAUCAAACUAUACCCAAAAAUAUUGAGUGAUAAUCCUAAUGGUAAUAGGAUUGAAGACUUACAAAUCAUUAGGGUAGUGGCUGGAAUUCGUCCUGGUAGAAAAGGCGGUGUUAGAAUUGAGAAACAGGAAUUAUCUGAUGGUAAAGUAAUUAUUCAUAAUUAUGGUGCUGCCGGUGAAGGUUACUUAUGCUCGUUGGGAAUGGCUAAUGAAGCAGUAAGCUUGAUUUUGUAAGUUUGAAAAUGUUACAUUUUUAAGUAAAGUGACGUUUUUGUAGAAUUUAUACAAUAUCCA